AUGCUGCGCUUAGAUCGAGGAGGAGAGUUCCUCGGGAAGAUUUUCACCGACUUCUUGGUCGGAAAGGGGAUCGUCCACGACCUUACCUGCCCGUACACCCCGCAGCAGAACGGCAUGGCGGAGCGGGAGAUAAGAACGGUGGUGGAGUCGGUGCGGACAAUGCUGCUGCACAUGGGUGUGCAGCACCACUGGUGGCACCUCGCUCUGCGGCAGGCCGGCUGGAAGCUCCUCGACAUCGACGCCAACCGGUUGGUCACCACGUCGGACGUGGUGUUCUACGAGGACAUGUCGCUGGAGGUGUGGAAGUCGGAGCACGUGCCGGUGUUAGGUCGGACGCCUACUACCUCGCCGACUGACACCUCGAUGGCGACGCUGCCUCUGCUCACCGAGGUCGGUGAGCUUGCUGCUGAGGACGCCGAGGUCGUCCGUCCUCCUUCCCCUUCUCCUACGACUCCUGCCCCUCCCCUCGUGGCCGACUUGCCUGGGCUGGCCUCGACGUCGAUCUCCGGUGAUGAGGGGAGACGUGGGGCGUCACCUGUGGCGCCGGCCCCAAGCAUCGCCGGUGGCCGACGUGAUGCCGUGAAGCAGGUGGUGCAGCCGACUUUGGUGAGGCCAGUGAAGGAGACGCCGCCUGCAGAACAACAGCUGACAGGGGAGCAGACGGCAGUGACGUGGACCAAGGAGCAGUCAGCGACCGGGCAGUCGGCUGGGACGCCGACCACAGGGGAGCAGUCGGCUGGGACGCCGGCUAAGGAGCAGCAGGACGCCGAGGGCAGCGACGAUAGCGACGAUGGAGGGGACGCCGAGGAGGUCCAGCCAGGACCACGGCGUUCAGGCCGAAUUCGGAGGCCGCCUGACUUCUUCGUCCCCGCUGCCUUCACCACGGUGUACGACGUGGACGAUGAUGACGACGACCUGCUGUACGACGACGCCGAGGAGGAUGAGGAGUUUCCGGAGCUUGACCCCGACAUGCUAGCCGACCCCGAGCACCGUUGGGACAUCUCGACGAUGACGGUGAAAGAAGCAUUGGCAAGCUGGAAGGGCCCGGCGGUGAAGGCCGCUAUGGAGGAGGAGAUUCGUAGCCUCAUCAACAUGGGCACUUGGGAGCUGGUCGAACGCCCGCCGGGGGUGAACGUCAUGAAGAACCGGUGGGUGUUGACGACGAAGUACCACAUCGACGACACCGUCGAGCGAGAGAAGGCAAGGCUGGUCGUGAAGGGCUUCACACAGGUGUACGGCGCCAACUACGAUGAGACGUUUGCGCCGCUCGACAUGAAGAACGCCUUCCUGCAGAGCAAGCUCGAUCGGGUGCUAUACAUGUCCCAGCCGGACUACUUCAAUGACGGAUCCGGCCGGGUGUGCAAGCUGCUGAAGAGCCUGUACGGGCUGAAGCAGUCGCCGCUGUUGUGGUACUUGGCGCUCAACGAUGUGCUGGUCGGCGCCGGGUGGAAGAAGAGCCAGGUCGACGAGGCUCUCUACUUCAAGGUCGGCGAGGGUGGAGUGGCCUGCUGGGUGCUGGUCUAUGUCGACGACUUGCUUGCCGCCAGCAGGAGCGCCGCGAUGCUGAAGAAGCUGAAGGAGCUGCUGGAAGCCGCCUUCGAGCUGCGCGAGAUCUCGCCGAUGCAGAAGUACCUCGGGCUGGAGAUCGUGCGCGACAGGUCGGCGGGGAAGAUGUGGCUGCACCAGCAGGACUACGCCGACAAGCUGCGUAGGCGCUUCAUCGACGAGGAGCAGACCGGGCGCACCCCGAAGACACCGGUCUCGGUCGGCGCCUACGCCGAGCUCACCUUCGACGACGAGGAGGCGCAGGAACGGCAGGAGGAGGAGUACCGGCAGAAGGUCGGCUCGCUGCAUUUCGCGGCGACGACGACGAGGCCGGACAUCGCCUUCGCCUGCAGCAAGCUGGGGAGUGGCCUCACGGUGAGGAGCGACCAGCACUGGUGCAAGGUCGACCGCUGCCUCGCCUACCUCGCCAACACACGUGACAUUGCCCUGGAGUUCGGCGGUGGACCUGAGUCGAUGAAGUUGGUCAGCUACGUGGACGCCGACGACGCUGGUGACAAACAGAAGAGGACGAGCACGGGUGGCUACGUGUUCAUCUACGGAGGGGCUGCAGUCUCCUGGUCGAGCCAGCGCAUCAAGUGCACAACGUUGUCGUCGACCGAGUCGGAGUACGUGGCGGCCACUGAAGCUGGCAAGGAAGGACGCCGCCUUCGCUUCCUCCUCGCUGAGUUCCGGCAGCUGGACGCCGGGAAGCCGACUGUCCUGCGCGUGGACAACAAGUCGGCCAUCACGGUCGCCUAG